UUUUUUGUAUUUUACUCUAUUUUUCAUGUACUUUAUAUAAUUUUUCCUCUUAUUUCUUAAUUUCUGUGUUUUUUUACUAAACAGGAACUAUUUUUGAUGGAGGAGGGAGUACUAAUUAUUACCAAUAGAUGGGCCGAGAAAUAAUCCGGGCGAGAACUAGUGAUCAAGCCCAGUAAGUAUAGUCAUCAAUUUAGCAUGAUCAUUCUAACUUGAGAGGCCCAGUAAGUAUAGUCAGGAAUUUAGCAUGAUCAUUCUUACUUCAGCGAGUACUUACUUGCUUCAAAAGAAAUACUGAGCAAUUCAGACGUCCUCUCAAUCUCUCCUAAAACUCACUCUCUUCCUCUGUACUUCUUCGUUUCCAGAAAUUGAUCAACGUUGCUAGAUAUAAUCUUCUUCUUCACUUCAUCGUAAAUCAUGGAAGAAUUUGACAUUAAUUUCAUCAAGAAGAAAAUUGCUACUCUGCCUGGUGGUGGGGGAGCAUUAUCUCGGUGGAAAAAGAUAGGACUAUUUGUCAUUGGUGGGCUAGGGGUUCAUGCUGCUUUGAGUAGUUAUUACAAUGUUGAAGGAGGACAUCGUGCCAUUGUGUUCAACCGCAUGACUGGUCUCAAGGACAAGGUGUACCCAGAAGGAACACACAUGCUAAUUCCAUGGAUUGAGAAGCCAUACAUCUUUGAUGUUCGUGCACAACCACAAGUGGUAGAGAGUACUUCAGGGAGUCGUGAUCUUCAAAUGGUCAGGACUGGUCUGCGAGCGUUAACCCGUCCCGAGCCUGACAUGCUACCAACAAUUUAUCGGACACUUGGUAAGGGCUUUAAUGAGGUGGUCUUGCCCUCUAUAAUCCAUGAAACUUUGAAAGCUGUGAUUGCUCAAUACAAUGCCAGUCAGCUCCUUACUCAGAGGAAGGCUGUCAGUAGGGAGAUAAGGAAGAUAGUGGCAGAGAGGGCUGCUGAUUUCAGAAUCACAUUGGAUGAUGUUUCUAUCACAAGCCUGAAAUUCAGCGAUGAGUUCACUUCUGCAAUUGAGGCUAAACAGGUGGCUGCACAGGAUGCUGAACGAGCCAAGUUUGUUGUAGAAAAAGCUGAACAAGACAAGAAAAGUGCUAUAAUCAAGGCACAGGGAGAAGCCAAGAGUGCUGAACUCAUUGGUAAAUCUAUUGCCCAAAACCCUGCGUUCAUUACUCUCAGGAGAAUUGAAGCUUCCAGAGAUAUUGCUCAUACUGUGGCAAAGUCGUCUAACAAGGUGCUGCUGAAUUCAAGUGACCUGUUGCUGAAUAUGGGUGAUAAUUGAUUGUCUAUAUCAUUGGACAGAAGUUUUUGAUGUCGUUGCUUGCUGUUGAAACACUAUGACCACAGAAAAGUUAUGAAUAACACUGAAACUGUUUGGCGUUUGUGAAUGCUUCUUUUUCUGGUGGUUUGAAAUAAUGUAACCAUUCUAAGGGGAUAAAGAGAUUUUAUUGUAGUUCUGAAACAAUGAACUUUAAAGUCUUAAAAUCUACUAAUUUUCUUAAGUGUCAAA